GAGAGAUUGGCAGAGAGCGCAUGAUCCGGGUUCACCUGCGUUCAAAUACGUCCUACUCGGAGGGUAUGCGAUGUGAGUGUUUCCCGUCUGUUAUCUCCAGUUUCCUAACUGAUCCCGUGAAGGCCUGCUUGCCCAUCCCGUUUUCUCGUCGUCAUCCUCGUCUAAGGGGAACGACGAUGACAUCGGAAUCGAGAAACAGGAGAAAUACGUGAACGUUCGGAGGAAUCGGAAAUGCUGUCGGCGUGGGAGAAAUUGGGCCUCAUUUUCCUCGCAGGCCUCUUCCUCUCUCUGGUUUUCAUCUUGUUAGCCUGCAUAUUCGGUCCAAAUUGCUGGAUCCGAAACUACAUCGACAAUAAGAAGAAGAGGAAAGCUUACCUGGACUCUGAAGCGAAUGGGUGUUUGAAGAAUUCAAGCGCCUUCAACUCGGCUUACGUUGAAGACGGCUUAAUAGAGAAAGGAGAGCCUCAUCAUUCCAGAUCCGAGAGUGGAUUUUGGUCCAACAAUUCCUCCUUCAACAAGAAGAGCAACGACAGCUUAGAUAUGGGCACUCCGACCACAUCACUCAAGGAAACGGAGGGGAAGGGACCAGGGCGCGUUCUAUUUUCAGUCCAAUAUGUGAAGACCGAGGACAAUGAGAAGCGGGGAAAACUUCAAGUCCUCAUCAAGUCAGGGGAGGAGUUGGCAUCGAGGAGGUACCUUGGAGGGUGCGAUCCGUACUUCGAGCUAAGGAUCGAUCGAUCUCGCUGGUCCUUCAAGAAGGAAUCCAAGACUACGGUUGCAUCCUUCAUGACAAAACCCGAGAAGAAAACCCGGAACCCCAUCGUUAAUCAGAGCUUCUCCUUCCCCAUAUCUUCCAACGACUUCAAAAACCAAUCCCUGACCAUAUUGGCAUACGACAAAGACAGAUUUGCAAAUCCGACGGUUCUGGGGGUAUCAACCCUGAGCUUGCGAGACGUCGCCAAUCUAGCGGAUUCCGAUGUUCCUAUCGACUAUUCCCUAACUCUUCGUCCUCAUCAAGAGAAUUUGGGGAGUUUGGAGUUUGCUGUGACAUAUCUGCCGACAGCGGGAAAAGUGUCAGUCGUGAUGGAGAAGUGCACGGAUGCCAAGUGGAAGAAAGUCUGUUGCUCACUCCAAGACUUCCGUCCCUAUGUGAAGCUGCUGUUGCUGUCGAAGACCGGUCGAGUGGUGAGUAAGAGGAAGACAACGUGUCAUUGUGGAGGGGACGAGAUCGUGUUCGCUGAGACUCUCACGAUGGACGCAAAACCGGAAGAGGUGGAGACGUACACAUUGCUUCUGGUGCUCGCUCAUCAGGAUUCAUCCGCUUCGACAGAGAAACCGACCCGCAUCCCGAUUGGGAAGGCGGCCGUGGGGAGGAACGUGCGAAACACCGAGGCUGCACUCUUCUGGCUCUCCGUCCUCAAAAAUCCGCGCAAGAGCCACCCUAUGAAAAUCGCUCUCUUUUGAAAGGGAAAUGGCAGGGCCACUGUUUCUGUCCACAUUGUUUUUCAUGUUUCGGCGGUGGUGCGGAUUUUGGUUCUCUCGCUUUUUCUUGUGGUUUGAUCGGACUCUGGUAAGUCUCCGUGCUUCGUGGGAUUGAAUAAAAUAUAUGCACAAUGUGUUUCAAGUUCCCAAAUUGGCGGUCUUCUGUUCAAAGACUUACCUUUUCUGGACAUAUUCAACUCUUAAAGCAGGGGUUCUUAACCUUUUUCCACCUACGGACCCCCCCAGAUCCUAAAGUAUUACCCAUGGACCCCCACCCCUGGUUAUCAGAAACUUUGGGACACCUGGAUUUGUGAUUAUAUCAAUAAAUGAUGUUUUCGGGAAGCUACCUUCAAUUAUAUAUUUAAUUUUCCAUGUACCCUCCACGGACUCCCUGGACC